AUGUUUGGGACCCCAGACCGUGAGGAAGAGGAUGAGGCGGCUUCAGAGCCCGAAGACGACGAGGCUGUGGAUGAGGGUCUAGAGCCUUCGGAGGGCGAGGCCUCAGAUGCAGCUGUCGACGCCAAUCCCUCGGACGUGCAGGCUGAUGCAGCUAUCGACCCCAGUCCCUCAGACGUGCCUGAUGCAGCUAUCGACCCCAGUCCCUUAUUGGAAGUGCCAGCUGCUGUGGUGGAAGUGCCAGCUGCUGUGGUGUUGGACCCCGUGGAGUUUGCUGCUCAGCGCUCACCUGCCGCGGUGGCAGAGGUUGUCUCGAGCCCUGAGGUGGCUGAGACCAAGGGGUUCUCGGCAAAGGAGCAGCUGCAAGAGCGGUUGCGAGAGCUGAAACAGAGGAUGGCGCUCAAGCGCGAGGACACCCAGCUAGUGCCGUCGGAUGUCUUGGAUCAGGCUGCUGAGAGGCUGCGGGCUCUCCCAUCCUCUGAGGCACUUUCCAUUUGCUCCCAGACGUCCUUCCAGUGUGCCUUGCACCGUGGUGCUCAGCUUGCCUCUGUCUCCGGGGCGUUGCAGCCCUCCCACGACAAGAUGCUGGGUGUCGUCGCUGUCGAGGAGUCGGUUGAGCGGAGCAAGCUGUUCCGCAGGCCAUCGGCAAGUGACUUGGAAGUGCUUCGAUGCAACUUGGCGGACAAGUUUGAAGCACUGGCUACCGAGGAAACCUGCGACUCAGGGCCUGUGAAGGCAUCCCGCAGGGAGUUGCAAGAGCUUGCCAGACCACUGGCAGGCUCGAAGACGGACUCCAUGUUGGUGGCGGCUGAGCUUGUUGGGGCCUCUGCAGAGCCUUCCGUGGUCUCCUACAAGGAUUCAACCCUACAGCCUCCUCAGAAGGAUCCCGCACUAGAGCCUGGCACAUGUCUGCUGUCCAAGAGGAAUUCCACCCCGGAAUCAGAAAGGCUAAGAACCCAGAGGUUGCUUUGA